CGACAAUUCCUGACAGUAUUCCGUUAAACGGGAGCAGCGGGGACGGUCCCGUAACGAGAUAACACACGGGACCAAAAUUGGAUCACAAGGGUCUUUUGUGAGUUAGAAGAUCAGCGAAGAGUGAAGACCAGAUAAAAGAUGAUUGAAUCAGUUGACACCCAGCGCUGUCUGCAGGCAGUGGAGCGACUGCAGGCCCGUCUGAAGGAGAAGGGGGGCGACGUGCCCUCCGAUGAGAAGCUGAGCCUGCUCAAGUCUGUUCUGCAGAGCCCUCUGUUCCACCAGAUUCUUGCCCUACAGAAAUCCGUACAGCACCUGAAGGAACAGGCUCCGUGUGUAAACUCAGAUUACAAUGGGGGAUAUGUUGACUUGUCUCAGAUUAACGGACAGCCCUCACCGGAAGAACAUGAGCGCAUCAUUCGGGCCAUGGCACAGGGUCGGUACGUCACUCAUAUUGAGCUGGUAAAGCCAGUAUCUGGUGGUUUGGGUUUUAGCGUGGUGGGACUGCGAAAUGAGAACCAAGGAGAGCUGGGCAUUUUCAUACAAGAGAUACAGACAGGAAGUGUUGCAUACUGUGAUGGCAACCUUAAGGAAGGAGAUCAGAUCCUGGCCAUAAAUGGACAGCCGCUGGACCAGAAUGUCACCCAUCAGCAGGCAGUUGCUCUGUUACAGAGAGCAUCAGAGCGCGUACAGAUCACAGUGGCCAGAGGACCCGUCCCUCAGCUGUCCAGCCCAGUAGUGUCCAGAACGCCCAGCGCUGCCAGCACACUGUCUGCACAUUCUAGUGCGACUCACUGGACUCAGGUGGAGACUAUAGAGCUGGUAAAUGAUGGCACUGGUCUGGGUUUUGGCAUCGUCGGAGGAAAGACCACUGGAGUUAUUGUCAAAACCAUCCUGCCUGGUGGCAUCGCAGACCAGGACGGUCGCUUGCGAAGUGGUGAUCACAUCUUGCGUAUUGGUGAAACUGACCUGUAUGGUUUGGGCAGUGAGCAGGUAGCCCAGGUGCUACGGCAAUGUGGCAACAGAGUUAAACUGGUCAUCAGCAGAGCAACAGUAGACGACACCCCAUCUCUACCUGUAGCCCUACCAACGGUUACUGAGCAGGGUCACGAAGAAGAAGAGCCAGGGGCGUUUGAUGUGAGUUUGACAAAAAAUGCUCAGGGCCUCGGCAUUACCAUCGCGGGAUACAUAGGAGACAAAACUUCUGAGCCUUCUGGGAUAUUUGUGAAAAGCAUAACUACAGGAAGUGCUGUUGAGCAAGAUGGCCGUAUCCAUGUCGGAGAUCAGAUUAUUGCUGUAGAUGGUAUGGACAUACAGGGCUUCACCAAUCAACAGGCAGUAGAGGUACUACGACACACUGGCCAAACUGUCCAUCUAAAACUCGUCCGCCGUGGCUUCAGGCCAGAGGACACACCCCUGCCAAUCAUGCCUGUCACCACAGAAACGAAACCUGCUCAAAAUGUGUCCCAAGACUCAAGACUGGAAUGUGUUGCCAUAGACACUGCUCACGAAGAAAGGUUCCAUGUGGACGUAUCAGAAGCUUCCAGAAGCACAGCUGAUGCUGUUUCACCAUGCACACCUGAACGAAAGAAUGGCAUCAAACUAAGCACAGAGGAGGAAGAGGAGCUGAUGAAGAAGUGGCAGAAUGCUCUUGGCCCCAGCAAUGAAGUCAUUGUUGUACAGAUAGAGAAGUUCAGUGAAAGUAGUGGAUUGGGAAUCAGUCUAGAGGCGAGUGCUGGUCACCACUACAUACGCUCAGUUUUACCUGAGGGACCUGUUGGACGUUCUGGAAAACUCUACAGUGGAGACGAACUACUGGAGGUGAAUGGUAUAUCUCUAAGAGGUGAGACUCAUAAGGAGGUGGUGAGCAUUCUGAAGGAGCUGCCCGUGUGUGUGUACAUGGCUUGCUGUAGGCCUGCCCUCUUGCCCUCAAAUGACAGCCAACCUGGCCAAUCAGGACUGGAGGAGGUGCCUACAGAGUCCACAGAAAAGGUCCUGGGUGAUGUUGAGGACUUCCUUGCGUCAGACAAAUCAGAGAAGAGGGUGAGAGAUCAUGUGACGGAGGAGGUGGCUGGAACCCCGUUGGCGAUGUGGGAAUCAGAGAUUCAGGACAUUGAGCUGGAGAAAGGAGAACGAGGGUUGGGCUUCAGUAUCCUAGACUACCAGGACCCCAUGGACCCAGAUAAGACAGUAAUAGUGAUCCGGUCGUUGGUGCCGGAGGGUGUGGCAGAGCUGGAUGGGCGAUUGUUGCCAGGAGACCGGCUGAUGUAUGUAAACAACACCAACCUGGAGAGCGCCAGUCUGGAGGAGGCCGUGCAGGCGCUGAAGGGGGCCAACCUGGGCACAGUCCGCAUUGGGGUGGCCAAGCCUCUUCCUACUGAGGAUGAUGCUGCCUCUUCCUCCUCUAUCUUCUCGGUUCUGGUGCAGAAGGAGAGAGAUGAGGAUGAGGAGGAGGAAGAAGUGAUGUUCCGUGCUGAGCCAGCGCUGAUCGACUCUAGUGAUGUGGACUUGUCGGACGAGAAGGCAUUCAAUCGUCACUAUGGCAACGAGGAAGACGACACAUUUCAGGCGUCCAUGAUUGCCCUCCAUGGUAGCACCUGCAGCGCUGAUCUGACUUAUCAGAUGACCAUGCAGGCCUCCACUCCUCAGAGAAACACUUGCCUGGACUCCUUCAUGGAGUAUCCCUUCCUGACGGCGUCCAGAAUCGCAGAUGAUACCGAACCAUUUUCUCCAGAGGAGGAAGUGGCCUCUCUGAGGCGUGAGGGAGGGUCAUUAAGACUUGGCUCUGCCCACUCAGAUCUGAUCGUGGACCUCGGCUUAGAAGAAAUGGAGACAGUGGAUCCGUUGUUGUCCACGAUUGGAAUAUCUAGAGCUAGCCCCACCUCCACUUCUAAAGAGGAGGAGCUUGUAAAGUUAUUAUAUAAGGAGGCGGGGCCAGUCAUGCCUGAGCUUCAAGUUCCUAAAAGCAUUUACGUUGAGGAUACUCAAGAGGAGGAAGGGGAAUUCCCCGUGGUCAAAACUGCAGAAGAACUCGAUCAAGCAGAAAUGACUCCAGGGAGCAAUUUCGAGAGGACCAUCACUGUUGUCAAGGGCAACUCAAGUUUAGGUAUGACCGUUAGUGCAGUGAAGGAUGGUGUGGGUAUGCUGAUCCGAAGUAUCAUUCACGGAGGGUCUAUCAGCAGAGACGGACGCUUAGGGGUUGGAGAUCUAAUAUUGGCUAUCAAUGGAGAGCCAGCCGGGAACCUAACCAAUGCACAGGCCCGGGCCAUGCUGCGUAGACACUCACUCAUUGGACCUGACAUGGGAUCUUCAGUUGCUCCAGAAGAGGAGCUCUGCCCCUUUUAUAUUAUCACCUAUGUACCAGCGGAGUAUUUAGAGGAAUACAGAGCUAGUAAGCAAGCAAAGGAAGACAUCUUUGCCAUGGACGCGUCUAGUACCCAGAGGUGUGUAGCAGAGCUUCCUGAGAGGGAGGAUGGAGAAGGAGAAGAGAGUGAACUACAGACAGCAGCUUUCAGCAACUGGAACCAACCUAGAAAGGUGGAGCUCUACAGGGAAGCAGGAAAAUCUUUAGGCAUUAGCAUUGUGGGUGGACGGGGCAUGGGCAGCCGCCUCAGCAAUGGCGAAGUAAUGCGGGGAAUCUUCAUCAAACAUAUCCUGGAAGACAGUCCUGCAGGACGCAAUGGAACUCUGAAAACUGGAGACAGAAUCGUACAGGUGGAUGGUGUGGAUCUAAGAGAUGCCAGUCAUGAGGAAGCUGUAGAGGCCAUCCGUAAAGCUGGGAACCCUGUAGUGUUCCUGGUGCAGAGCAUCAUCAACAGGCCCAGGACGUCGACGACAGACUCCACUGAGGACAGAACAGCACCCUCCACAAAGCCCAACAAUGACAAGGAUGUUGAGAGUCACAGUAGACUUUUCCUCCGUCUCUCCCCAACUAACCCUUUCACCCCUACUCCGUUUAAGCUAAAUCGGGAGCCAGGGAAAGUUUCCCCUACAACGUCAUUCCUCUCGUUGCCGGUGGUCCCACAUGUGGGUGAGACAGACACGGACACGCUGACGGAGAUUCCUGACCGAAUCGUUCUUCCUCAUGACACUUCUGAGGAAGAGGAGGACGAGUUUGGCUACACCUGGAAGAAGGUUGUGGACCGUUACGGGAGUUUGCCAGGUGUGCUGCAUAUGAUCGAACUGGAGAAAGGCAGAAGCGGUCUGGGUCUCAGUCUAGCAGGGAAUCGAGACCGAUCCCGCAUGAGCGUCUUCGUGGUGGGGAUUGACCCCAGCGGCGCGGCUGGAAAGGAUGGACGGAUCGUCGUAGGAGAUGAGCUGCUGGAGAUUAAUGGUCAGAUUCUGUACGGCCGCUCCCAUCAAAACGCCUCCUCCAUCAUUAAGAGCGCCCCCUCCAAAGUCAAAAUCAUCUUCAUAAGGAACACGGAUGCUCUGAGUCAGAUGGCUGUUGGCCCAAUGAAGGAGUUUGGAGACACCCUGGAUACACAAAUAGAGCCUGAAACGUGCUCUUCUAUCAGCCACUCGCUGUCAGAUACGGACAUGUCUAAAAGUGUUCAGCAUAUAAUCCUACAAGUGGAGGAGAGUGGUGUGGGACUGGUCUUGAUGGAGGAGGACAGCAGGAACGGCAUGAUCGUGCAGAGUAUUAUGGACGAUGGAGCGGCCAGAAAGGAGGGCAGUAUACAGGCAGGAGACAGACUGCUGGCAGUGGACGAAGAGAUGGUGCUGGGCUUCUCUGAGGAAAAGGUGAUGUCACUACUGAACAAACCAAAGAGCUCAGUGAAGCUCACCAUCUGUAGGGAUGACCCCGCUCCAAUCUCAAACGUAUCCAAUCAGAUGACCAGAGACUCAGACCCAGGGGCAGACACUUUAGCCAGCAUGCCCCUGACUGUAGCAACGCCACCAGAAACAGAACCAGUCAGGAGUUCCAGCAGGUCAUCAACCCCUGCAACCUUGGUGUCUGACCCUGUGACCUGUCCCAUCAUCCCUGGCUGUGAGACCACCAUCGAGAUCUCUAAAGGGAGAACAGGACUCGGCCUCAGCAUUGUGGGCGGCUGUGACACACUACUGGGUGCUAUAAUAAUCCAUGAGGUGUAUGAGGAGGGGGCUGCUUCUAAAGAUGGCAGGCUGUGGGCUGGAGACCAGAUUCUUGAGGUGAACGGUAUAGACUUGCGUAUGGCAACCCAUGAUGAGGCCAUAAAUGUGCUGAGGCAGACUCCUCAGAGAGUACGUCUUACCGUGUUCCGUGAUGAAGGUCAGUAUAAGGAGGAGGAGCUAUGGGAUGUUCUCACUGUGGAGCUGCAGAAGAAACCAGGCCAAAGCCUUGGACUCAGUAUUGUUGGGAGAAGGAACGAUACAGGUGUGUUUGUGUCGGACAUUGUUAAAGGUGGAGUUGUGGAGAGUGACGGGCGGCUCAUGCAGGGAGAUCAGAUUCUGUCUGUUAACGAUGAGGACGUCCGAUCUGCGACACAGGAGUCCGUCGCCGCCCUGCUGAAAUGUUGCGUCGGUCCAGUCAAAGUGGAGGUGGGUCGUUUUAAGGCGGGGCCGUUCCACUCCGAGAGACGCAUGUCUCAGGGUAGUCAGAUGAGUGAAGGUGGAAGCUGUAAGAUCACCCAGCAGACUUUCACUGGUUCCGGUAGCCUGCAGGGAGACUUGGAAAUCCGAAGGAGUCACGAAUCACUGGACCAAGAUUUCAGAACUGUUGAGCUGUCCAAGGAGCCGUCUGACUCCCUGGGCAUCAGUAUAGCAGGCGGUGUGGGCAGCCCUUUGGGAGAUGUGCCUAUAUUCAUCGCUAUGAUGAACCCUGCUGGUUUAGCUGCACAGACACAGAAACUCAGAGUUGGUGAUAGGAUUAUAUCUAUCUGUGGCACAUCUACAGAAGGCAUGGCUCAUAGUCAAGCUGUAUCACUGCUGAAAAACACCACAGGAACCAUACAACUGCAGGUUGUAGCUGGUGAUACUACAGUAACUGGUCCCCCACCAGAUCAAACACCUGGACUGACCACAAGCAGUAUCUUCCACGAUGACCUGGGUCCUCCUCAGUGUAAGACGAUUAGUUUGGAGAGAGGGCCGGACGGUCUGGGCUUCAGUAUAGUGGGUGGCUUUGGCAGCCCCCAUGGAGACCUGCCCAUCUACGUCAAAACUGUGUUUGGAAAGGGUGCAGCAGCGGAGGACGGGCGUCUGAAGCGCGGUGAUCAGAUCGUUGCUGUUAACGGUCAGAGUUUAGAGGGAGUUACGCACGAGGAAGCAGUUGGCAUUCUGAAGAAAACCAAAGGCACCAUCACUCUCACUGUGCUUUCAUAGAGAGAGAUUACACAGAUGAAACACAGAUGUAAUUUCAUGCCCACAACACAGUCAUAUACAACAUUCUCACGAGACACUUCGACUUUUGCUCAUACAAACCACAUCCACAUUGUCACUGUUGCACUCUGAUUAAAAUGGCCUGUGUGCUUUUAUACAGACAUGUAUUAGCUCUUGUGAUCUACAGAGACUCAAGCAGAGUCAUUGGUAACACUGGCUCGAGCUGCCUACACACUGUGAUCUUUAUCAUUGAUGCUGUGGAAAUGUUAAAUGUACCCCAGACAUUGUUUUCACUCUUAUUAGUAUGCUGUUUUAAAUGUAAAACCCCUUCUAAAACUGUUGCUUUUGUCCUAAACUGUGCUAAUAGCAGUACUGGGUAGUUGAGUAACCAAGUUACUGUUUACCCGCCACCUUUAUCAGAAGCCUUUUUCCAUUGAUUAGUGAAACAUCUUCAUGAAUACUUCUUACAGUCUGUGCAGUUUAAAUUAGUUAUGCCAUUCUGCAUGAAUAUCACUACUAUGCUCAUCUUCAGAGAGCAAAUUUCCAGUUCAAAUUUAGUGCUGCAUCAGUUGAAUGAGGAGACGUGACUUAUUAUUGAUUAGGAUAUUAUUCAGUGCUUAAUGUUUUCUACAAGCUUGAAGGUAGUUAAGUACUUGCUUAACGUAGUUUUAAUAUAAAACUUUACCUACGUAACACCUUGUAUUAAUUUAGGUUGUUGUUUUGGAUUAUUUUCUUUUUUAUUCUGUAAACAUUUUAAGAAGUAAGUACUUUAGGCAAUACUCUUAGUCCCAGACUGCAAAAAAAGGCUAGCCAUGACUUUUGACUAGACUACGUGCUCUGAAAGACAAUCUAACUGCUGGUUUUAGCGAUCGUAAUUAUGUGAAUGCUUUGAAGAGAUACUCUAUUGUACUAAGAAGUAUGAAGUGGGAGAAUUAUUUAGCCAUCCAAACUGUGUUAUUUAUGAACCAGAGAAACCGUUGAAGACAUCUAAGUCUUAAGUAUUAAUGAGAAACAAAUGGAUUAACUCUGUUAAAUAUUUGUUAGAUCUAGCUGCUGAUUCACACCAUGUCUUUAUGAAAUGCUAUUUACAGUAUUCAUGCCAGUGUUCAUCAUGUGUCUGUCAGUGUGGAUUAUGUUACAGAGUUAGAGAAAUGAAUCUUUACACACAAGCAAUUCUGAAACCCAGUAUUGAGUUUUUUUCUGCAGCUAAAUGAAUAAAAGUGACCUUCAGUGGAUUAUGUCCGUCACCACAAA